AUGGUGCGCGCAUGUGCUAUUGGAGAAUCGGGUUGGUUUUACGUCCACAAGUUUGUGGGAGAGCAUACUUGUGGCGUUGAUCAUGUCACGGGAAAGCACAGGACUGUCACCGUGGAGGUCAUUGCCUCACUUAUUUUGAACUUUUUCAUCGACAACAAAGGUCCAAGCCCGAAAGAGAUCGAGAGGAUCAUAUUUAGGGAGCUAUAUUGCAGGCUGAGCUUUUGGAAGUAUUGGAUGGCAGGCGUCAUUGCGAAGAACAUAGUCCAAGGUUUAUUUAAUACUUUAUGGGGAUAUGCACACAUGAGAAAGGUCGUUACCGUUGAUGGCUCACAUUUAUUUGGCAAGUACGAGGGCGUGCUGCUGUCCGUUGUCGCUCAAGAUACGCAGAAUUAUAUCUAUCCCUUAGCAUAUUGUGUGGUGGAUAAGGAGAACGAUGCAUCGUGGGGCUUCUUCUUCGAGAAGCUUAAGGCUUUUGUCAUCGAUGAACCAGAUCUAUGCGUUAUCUUCAAUAAACACAUAAGCAUAGCCAACGGCCUCUCAAGGCAUUAUCCACUUGCGCAUCACGGUGUUUGUAUGAGGUAUCUUGGUAAAAAUCUAAAAAUAAAUCACCAUUGUUCCGAUUCUCUCUAUUUGUACUACCAUGCGGCCAAGGUUUACACGUUGGAAGAAUUUAAUGACUACUUCAACGCCCUUAAAGAAAGAUUCCCCAGCACAGCAGAUUGCCUCUAG